AUGGCAGAAAACUUGCAGAAAUUCUCCGGCAUCACUUCGCCUGGCAGCCACCUGACCGACCACGAGUCUGUGGUUGACACCAUCCACCGCCUUACAGAGUCUGUUGAUUCUGAAGACGCUCCCAUGUUUGAGAGCGCUAUUUACGAUGACGCGGAAUGGGAUGUGAGCGGCCUUACAUUCUUGGGCAAGAACUAUGGUGUCCUCAGGGGCAAAGAGGAAAUGAUGCAUUGGCAAAUGACGGGUCCUGCACCUGUGCUCACAACGCACAUGGUCUCGAAUGCCAGGUCCCACGUCACGAUUCUCAAAGACGGCACAAAAAUCGCGACUUGCACAGCAUAUGUGCUAGCACAACACCUACCGCGUGGAACUGCGCAUAGCAAGAUUUCCACUUGGGACAAGGAUGUAUUCCUGACUGGUAAUCGGUUAUCAGGUGAGCUGAAGUGGGACGGAGAAAGGUGGCGGUUCAUGAAACUUGCAAUCAGAUGCAUCUGGAGUGUUGGGGAUAACGAUUUCAUUGUGGCAGGAAGGCCAAAGGCUCACGCCGAAUGA